AUGACAGUAGCACAAGAUUUGACCCGGCGGGGGUCUACCCAAGUCAUCAACGGGAUGGCUCUUGAGGAUAGGUUUGAGGUUCUCAAGGAGAUUGGCGAUGGGAGCUUUGGCAGCGUCGUACUCGCCCGGGUACGGAGUGCUGGCGCCAGUGUCGCUCGCCGCGGCACAGUGAUUGCCAUCAAGACGAUGAAGAAGACUUUUGACUCCUUCACAGCAUGCAUGGAGCUGAGGGAAGUCGUGUUCCUGAGGACACUACCAGCCCACCCCCACCUUGUUCCGGCCCUCGAUAUCUUCCUCGACCCUUUUAGCAAGAAGCUUCACAUUGCCAUGGAAUACAUGGAGGGGAAUCUUUACCAGUUGAUGAAGGCGAGGGACCACAAGUGCCUGGACAAUGGCAGUGUCAAGAGCAUCCUCUUCCAGAUCAUGCAAGGUCUUGAGCAUAUCCACGCCCACAGCUUCUUCCACCGCGACAUCAAGCCCGAGAACAUUCUGGUCUCGACUUCGGCCCACUCCGACUACAGCAACUCCUUCAGGCGGUACUCUGCUCUGGUAACCCCGCCAUCAACGCCGCCGACAUACACCGUCAAGAUUGCCGACUUUGGGUUGGCACGCGAAACGCAUUCGAAGCUCCCGUACACGACUUAUGUGUCUACUAGGUGGUACCGCGCACCAGAAGUCCUGCUGAGGGCCGGUGAAUACUCCGCUCCCGUGGACAUCUGGGCUGUUGGUGCCAUGGCGGUAGAAAUUGCGACCCUGAAGCCUCUGUUCCCUGGUGGAAACGAGGUCGACCAAGUGUGGAGGGUGUGUGAGAUCAUGGGAAGCCCCGCGGUUUGGACCAACAAGGCCGGUCUUCCCGUUGGUGGUGGUGAGUGGAGGGAAGGGACGCGCCUCGCUGGGAAGCUCGGGUUCUCGUUCCCCAAGAUGGCGCCUCACUCGAUGGAUACGUUCUUGCCAACCCCUCAAUGGCCCGCCUCGCUCGCUCGCUUCGUUACCUGGUGUCUCAUGUGGGACCCCAAGAGCCGCCCUACAUCGACGCAAGCGAUUUCCCACGAAUACUUCACCGACGCUGUGGACCCCCUGCGCCCCAAGUCAUCAGCCUCCAAGAUCCUCGGCCGGAAGCAAUCGGAUGUGAGCAGGGGAAAGGAUUCCGUUUCUUCGGCGUCAACGGCGUCGAAGCCAUCAUGGUUCCGCAAGUCGUUGAUUGGGCGCACUGAGAGUGUGGAGGUGAUGGCGGUCGCCGCGCAACCUGCUGUUAAGGAAGCUCCAGCUCCAGCUCCAGCCCCUCCUCGCGCUCAGCCCAUGGUCGCCCCUGAGCCCCCCGCGCCGAAGCCCAGGCCGGCGGCUCAAAAGAGGUCAACAUGGACCAACGGCCCAUCAAACGUUGCGCCCAUGCCUAUCCUCCCAACUAUCCGCCCAAUCUCGCCGCUAUCCGACGCUGUGACUGCCCAGGCUAACAACAGGGCUCCUUACAAUGACGCAUACGCGAAUGGUGUUCGGGUCUUGCCGGUGGAGGAGAAGGGUUCCAAGAAGAUUGGUCGCCAGUUGUCGGUGCAGUCCAGCACCAACCACUACGCAGACAUUCACAGGCAACAGGCCGAGCGCGCACUCAACGGGCAGUCUGGCCUUGCCUCACCGACUGGUGGAUACAAGGAGAGCUUCUUCUCCCACCUCCGGAAGCGCGCAAGGAGGUUCUCCGGGCGGCAUCAGACACCCAUCUCGCCUAGCUACGAUGAUCUUGAAACCCAGGCAGGCUGUGGGCCUUGGGCUGGCAGCAACCGGUCGUCCAUGGUGAUUGACGGCCCACCUCCAGCCCCCGUCCCAAAAGACACAUACGAGUCCCUGGACAAGCGGGUUUCCGAAGUCCCCCCUGCCCCGCCAGUCCAUCAGGGGAUGGCCGGAGGAGCGCUCAAGCGUCACAACUCUCUGCCUCAACACCAGCCUAGGUCGGUGGACAACCUGACGAGUGCCGCCAGGACAGGCCCUGUGUCCAGCCGGACACGCAGGUCUCAUGCCGUCCAGGGUGUCAACCAGUACGAUGCUCCCGACGAAGAGGACGAGCUUCUCGAUGAGGUCCUCACCUCGACCCACCGGGCCAUGAAGCGCAUGGAGAAGAACGAACAGAAGCAGCUCCAUCUGCGUCAAACCGUCAGCAACGCCGCGAUCGCCGACCCAUACCCGACCCCAUCACCCUCUGCGAGUGGCAACGUCAUGCUUUUUGGCGAUGCGAAGGAGGCCAUCACGCCCAAGCCCUUGAACUACAACAAGCAGGCGGUCGAACACAAGUGGCCAACACCGCCAUACGACGAAAACGACUGGGCAGCGUCCGCAUCGGCCAGCAUCUGGGCAGCAGGUAACCGCUUUUAA